AUGGAUCAAAGAUUCAGUUUUUUAUUAAAGAAUACGAAGGAAGGUGGAAUACUUCAAGUACAGCAAACGAGUACUCAGAAGAAUUAUUUAAUUAAAAAUGUAAACAUCGCAAUUGAACAGUUGUGCCCAGCCUGGGUCCCGUUAGCUAAACCUGAUUUUUACAACGAAAUAGGCGACCCUUUUUUAGAUCAACCUUUCCUCCUGGAAGAGCUGGAAGUAGCUAUUGACAAAGGGAAUACCAAUAGUAGUCCUGGAAUAGAUGGCAUCGAUUAUCAAAUCAUAAAAAGGUUUCCAGAAAAAUUGCGCAAACUUCUUCUUGCUCUGUAUAAUGAGAUUUUUCUCACGGGAACAUUCCCAAAUGAAUGGCGUGAACAUCUUGUCUAUUUUAUACCUAAAAGUGAUGGCAAAAAAGUUCGACCCAUUUCACUGGCUUUUUGUCUCCUGAAAACUCUAGAACGAAUGCUCAAUCUCAGGCUCUGCUCGUGGUUAGAACAUCAUCAAAAACUCCCAAAUAGACAAUUUGGUUUUCGACGAGGUAAGUCUUGUUUAGACAACCUCACACUCCUAAAUGCCGAAAUUCUAAAUGCUUUUGAUGAAAAUGCAGUCGUAGCUGUGCUAUCAAUUGAUAUUAAAGGAGCGUAUGAUAAUGUUCUACCAGAAAUCUUGAUUCAAAAACUCAAAGAAGAAGGAGUACCAGAACUAUUUCUUAAUUUUGUCUAUAACCUAGUUUCAUUAAGAAUUUUAACGUUAAAAUACGGAGAUGUAGAUGAAAAAAGGGCCAUUUUCAAGGGCUUAGCACAAGAAGGCGUACUCAGCUCAAUAUUAUAUGCUCUUUACAUAGCUAAGCUAGAAUUUAUUCCUCAGGGUAUCUACCCUGUAAUCACAUCUGUGAACUUAGCGAAUUCGCAGAUGAUGAUACUUUCAUAA